UAUAAGAACUCCUGCCAAGUUGAAAUUACCGGCCUUCUAGAAAAGGGUAUAUUUGAGAUAUAUAUUUUCAACUCCCGGUUUAUUAAUAAGAUUAAGAAUAAGGGUAUAGAGAGAGAGUUUAAGAAGUCGAGACUGGUUAUCCAAGCUUAUAAUAAUAGUAAGAAAUAUAUAAUAUUAAUAUAA